AUGAGAAGUCUUUUGGUUAUUGACAAUGGAACAUACGAGUGCAAGGCAGGAAUUAAAGAAGAAAUACCAAGUAUUAGGUUCCGUAACCAAAUAUACAGACUAAAAGGUAAGGACGGCAGAAUAUCAUAUUCUAUAUCUGCAGUAAAAAAACAAAAUACAACACUAACACUGAAGAGUAUGUUUGAUGGCCCAGUUAUCUACAAUUAUGACGUACUAGAAGGAACUAUUCAGUCAAUAUUGAAGGAAAUAAAGGGAUCCUUGAAUGGGAAGGAAAAACAAGAAAUAGAUGAAUUAGUCAUUACAGAGUGCUUUCUUAACCCACAGGUCUUUAAAGACCUUGCUAUAGAAAGUAUCUUUAAUAGAUUUUCAUUCAAAACGGUUAGUUUUGGUUAUGACUUCAUCUAUGCUUAUGAGUAUAAUUUAAGGAAUAAUCCAGGGAUGUCCUUACAGAAGGAUGGGUUUAAUAGGGAAUUCUGUGAUGUGGUUAUUAGCAUGGGCCAUUUAGGCGUAUAUGUUGUCCCAUUGGAUCCCAUGAAAGAGAUGAUUUUAUCAGAAGAAAGCACUUAUAUGCCACUUGGGAGUCUAGCAGCACAACAUAUCUUCCAUAGAAGCAUUGCUAAUAAAUAUUGUGGGUCUGGGGUAAAAGUCCAAAGAGAAGAAGUCUCAGAGCACUUUAAGGCCAUCCGAGUACCCUUAGAUUAUUUGGAAGAAAUUGAAGAAGUUGUUUACGCAGGUACUGGGAACCUUCAGAUCCUUCAGAAAACAGGAAAAGAGAAGGCUAGUGUACCCAGAGUAUUCCCAAAAAGAAAACCAACCGUAGAAGAUCCAAGAAAAAAGGCAAAAAAUCAAGAAGAAAUCAAAGACACUCACAAGGAAGAUGCAGAUAUAGGGGAAUUAGAGCCAGAAAAAGAAGAACUAGAGAUAGAAGCAGAAGAAGUCAUAGCACUCCUGGAAAAAGCAGAAGCCACAAAGCCAGAAAUCACAACCGAAGAAGAACUAGCAAAGAGACUUAAAAGAGAGAAAUUAAUAAGAGGUGCAACAGACCACAGGAACAAGCAAAAAGUGAUAAAAUCAUUGGAAAGACUAAAUCACCAUAUAUUCCUGUUAGAAGACAGGCACCUUCUCAUAAAUAACCCGUCUGAAUUUAUAAAACUCAGAAGGAACAGGCUAGAAUACCUUGAGAAAAUCAUAAAAAAACGAACUUUUGUGAGAAAUGAACUGAAAAAUAAAAAAAGUCCCCACUCACUUGCCCUCUUGAAGAAGUCACUGGAGCAAAUAGAUGCACCCCAGGAGGACAACAUAUACUUGCAGGAAAUACGCAGUGCAUCCUUGGAGGAUAUUGAAAUCCUUGAAGAAAUUGAGCACUUAGAUGGUUUCCUACGGGAAAAUGACCCAGAAUAUGUGGAAAAAGAGGAAAAUCCGUUAGAUAAAAUAAGACAUGGAUACAAGGAGAAGGGAGGCAUAAAUAUUAAUGUGGAGUUCAUUAGAACAGGAGAAGCCCUCUUUAACCCAGCAAUUGUAGGGAUAGAGCACCCAGGAAUAACAGAAAGUCUCUCUCUCAUUAUGCAAACAAAAGAUGUCCGGAAUGUAUUUAUAACAGGAGGAUUCAGCCAAAUAAAAGGCAUAAAGGAAAGAAUCCAAAAGGAAUUAGUUCCAUUAAGGUAUUUACCAAAUGAUCCCACCGUAGUAUGCGCAUUAGACCCAGUAAUUGAUGCGUACAAAGGGGCCUUCAUUAAGUCCCCAUACGCCCAGACACUCACCAGAGACGACUACAUGAAACUCCAAAUUGAAAAGACACAAAAUGAAGAUUCCUCAGAGAAAUAA